AUGGUCAAUGCGUGGUUUUCUGAGAGAGUCCACACCAUCCCGGUCCUCAAGGAGGGCGCCCGAGGCCGCGCAGAAUCCUGCCCGUGUCCCCCGCAGCACAACCCCCGCGUCGAGAGCAGCACCCCGGGGACACCCACCAGGAAAAUCUCGGCCUCAGAGUUCGACCGGCCGCUGCGACCCAUCGUGGUCAAGGACGCCGAGGGCGCCGUGAGCUUCGUCUCGGACUCGGAGAGGGAACAGAUGCCGCUCACCCCGCGGCGCUUCGACCACGAUGACGGGGACCAGUGCUCCAGACUCCUGGAACUGGUGAAGGACAUUUCCAGCCACCUGGACGUCACGGCCUUGUGCCACAAAAUAUUCCUGCACAUCCACGGGCUCAUCUCCGCCGACCGCUACUCGCUGUUCCUGGUCUGCGAGGACAGCUCCAAUGACAAGUUCCUGGUCAGCCGCCUCUUCGACGUGGCCGAGGGCUCCACCCUGGAGGAGGCGUCCAACAGCUGCAUCCGCCUGGAGUGGAACAAGGGCAUCGUGGGGCACGUGGCCGCGCUGGGCGAGCCCUUGAACAUCAAAGAUGCCUACGAGGAUCCGCGGUUCAAUGCAGAAGUUGACCAGAUCACAGGCUACAGGACACAGAGUAUUCUCUGUAUGCCAAUUAAGAACCAUAGGGAAGAGGUGGUUGGCGUCGCCCAGGCCAUCAACAAGAAGUCGGGGAACGGCGGGACGUUCACGGAAAAGGAUGAGAAGGACUUUGCUGCGUACUUGGCCUUCUGCGGCAUCGUCCUUCACAACGCCCAGCUCUACGAGACCUCGCUGCUGGAGAACAGGAGAAACCAGGUGCUGCUCGACCUUGCCAGCUUAAUUUUUGAAGAGCAGCAGUCACUGGAAGUAAUUCUAAAGAAGAUAGCCGCCACCAUUCUCUCUUUCAUGCAGGUGCAGAAGUGCACCAUUUUCAUAGUGGACGAAGACUGCUCCGACUCCUUCUCCAGCGUGUUUCACAUGGAGUGCGAGGAACUGGCACAGUCGCCCGACACCGUAACAAGGUCUUCCCCCAUCAGGAUGGAGAAACCGUACCACAGCGACUCAAAGUUGGAGCGUGACGCAAACAGAAUCAAUUACAUGUACGCUCAGUAUGUCAAAAACACCAUGGAGGCGCUCAACAUCCCAGACGUCAGUAAGGACAAGAGGUUCCCCUGGACGAGUGAAAACACGGGGAACGUAAACCAGCAGGGCAUUAAAAGUCUGCUUUGUACGCCUAUAAAAAACGGAAAGAAGAAUAAAGUGAUAGGGGUUUGCCAGCUCGUGAACAAGUUGGAGGAGAGCACUGGCAAGGUGAAGCCUUUCAACCGGAAUGACGAGCAGUUUCUGGAAGCCUUUGUGAUCUUCUGUGGCCUGGGGAUCCAGAACACGCAGAUGUAUGAAGCCGUGGAGAGGGCCAUGGCCAAGCAGAUGGUCACGCUGGAGGUCCUGUCCUAUCACGCUUCGGCAGCCGAGGAAGAGACCAGAGAGCUGCAGUCCCUAGCGGUAACUCCCCUUUGCAGAAAUGACUACCUGCAGACACCUCAUUCCCACACAAACAUGCCUUCCUCGGGGUGUCUGCUCCCACUAGUAAUGGUCCCCUAGAUGUUCAGUCACAUAUGGUAAAUGUUUAGAUGGAUGCUCAUAAAAAUAUUUAAUCAACUCCAAUUUCCUGCAGGGCUGCAAAGUCACCGAUGAUACAAAGAUAAUAACUUUUAUGGACUUUGUCAUAUGUUAUAUGAUUCUGGGGGGUUUUCCCCUAGUAAUUGUUCUAAUCUUUACAUCUAUCUUAGGCCAAAAUUAAAUUUAGUUUUCAGUUCCUGGGGAAGUGGGGCCAGGGGACUGCACAGUGGUUGUCUGGUUGGGGGAAUUUGUAGUUUGUUACCGAUAGCCUCCCCUGCACUAUGAGGAAUGGGGAGCGAGUGUAAUUUCUGUGGCCUG